CUGUGUUUCUGAAACUGGAUCACCGGCAGAGAAAGAAGUAGCUAAAACGCCGCACACAAAAGUCAGCUGGAUGGUACAGUCCUCUCGGAAGCCACGGAAGAUGACUCACUUCCAGCUCACCUUCCUGCUAGCUAUCUUCCCAGUGAUUUCCAUGAAAAGUCCCAUAUUUGGUCCUGAAGAAGUGAGUAGCGUGGAAGGCAACUCGGUGUCCAUCAGGUGCUACUACCCAGCCACCUCUGUCAACCGGCACAGCCGGAAGUACUGGUGCCGGCAAGGAGCCGGCGGCAUGUGCAUGACCCUCAUCUCCUCAAACGGCUACAUCUCCAAGGACUAUGCGGGCAGAGCCAGCCUCACCAAUUUCCCAGAGGAUGGCUCCUUCGUGGUGAACAUUGAGCAGCUCACCCACAAUGACACCGGGAGCUACAAGUGUGGCCUAGGCAUAAAUAAUAAAGGCCUGUAUUUUGGUGUAAGCCUGGAGGUCAGCCACGGUCCUGAGCUCCUAAACAACACUCACGUUUACACAGAGAACCUGGGCAGUACAGUGACCAUUGAAUGUCCUUUCAAGCGUGAGAAUGCUCCGAAUAAGAAGUCUUUGUGCAAGAAAAUAGGCCAGUCCUGCGAACUAGUCAUCGACUCUGCUGAGAAUGUCAGCCCCAGCUUUAAUGGCAGGGCACGCCUCAUCAUUCAAGGCACCAGCCAACAAGUGUUCAGGGUCAUCAUUAGUCACCUGAGACUCAGUGAUGCAGGGAUGUAUGUCUGCCAGGCUGGUGAGACUUCUAACGCUGACCAAAAGAAUGUUGACCUUCAGGUUCUAGAGCCUGAGCCGGAGCUGGUUUAUGGAGACCUGCGGAGCUCAGUGACCUUUGACUGUGCCCUGGGACCCGAGGUGGCAAAAGAACCCAAAUAUUUGUGCCGGAUGAACAAUGGCACAUGUGAUGUGGUCAUCAACACGCUGGAAAAGAGGGAUCCGGCCUUUGAGGGAAGAAUCCUACUUACCCCCAAGGGUGACAAUGGGCACCUGAGUGUGCUAAUCACAGGCUUGAGGAAGGAGGAUGCAGGGCUCUAUCUAUGUGGAGCCCACUCUUCUGGUCUGCCUCAGGAAGGCUGGCCCAUGCAGGCCUGGCAACUCUUCGUCAAUGAGGAGUCCAUGAUUCCACAAAGUCGCUCUGUGGUGAAGGGUGUCGUAGGAGGCUCUGUGGCCAUGCUCUGUCCUUACAACCCUAAGGAAAGCAACAGCCUCAAGUACUGGUGCCGCUGGGAAGGGUCUCAAAAUGGCCACUGUCCACUGCUUGUGGAGAGCCAGGGGCUGGUGCAGGAACAGUAUGAGGGGAGGCUCGCACUGUAUGAAGAGCCAGGCAAUGGCACCUACACGGUCAUCCUCAACCAGCUCACCGCACAGGACGCUGGCUUCUACUGGUGUCUUACCAAUGGCGAUCCUCGCUGGAGGACCACAGUGGAGCUCAAAGUUGUUGAAGGAGAACCAAGCCUCAAGGGACCACAGAAUGUGACUGCUGUGCUGGGACAGACCCUCACGCUCUCCUGCCAGUUUCCAUGCAAGUUCUACUCCUACGAGAAAUACUGGUGCAAGUGGAGCAACCGGGGCUGCCGGCUCCUGCCCAGCCAAGAUGAAAGCUCUCGCCAGGCCUCUGUGAGCUGCAGCCAGAGCAGCCGGCUCAUUUCCAUGACUCUGACCUCAAUCAGCAAGGCGGAUGAGGGCUGGUACUGGUGCGGGGUGAAGCAGGGACAUGUCUACGGGGACACUGCGGCCGUCUAUGUAGCAGUUGAGGAGACAGCAGAGGGGUCCCGCCACAUCGACCCAGCUCCUGCAAACACCGCUCCUGAGGAGGAGGUAGUUGAAUCUAGCAUCCCAAAGACUGAGGACCACGCUGUUCUGAACCCCAAGCUUUUUGCGGAAGAAAGAGCAGUAGAGGGCGCAAAAGACCCAGCUCCUGGAAACAGAGCGUCUGUGGAUGCUGGGAGCUCUGAUGGACACGGAGGGAGCUCCAGAGUGCUGGUUUACACCUUGGUGCCCCUGGGCCUGGUGCUGGCACUGGGAGCUGUGGCUGUCUGGGUGGCCAGAGUCAGACACCGGAAGAAUGUGGAUCGGGUUUCAAUCAGAAGUUACAGGACAGACAUUAGCAUGGCCGACUUUGAGAACUCCAGGGAUUCUGGUGGCAAUGACAACUUGGGGGCCUCUCCAGUCACUCAGGAGACCAUCCUCAAAGGAAAAGAUGAACGGGUGACUACCGUGGAGAGCCCCACCAACCCUGAAGAACUCAAGAAGACAAAAAGGUCAUCCAAGGAGGAAGCUGAAAUGGCCUACUCAGCCUUCCUGCUCCAGUCCAGCAACAUAGCUGCUCAGGCCCAUGAUGUCCCCAAAGAUGUCUAAACAGAGCCAACUGCCUGCCCCUGCCCAUGACAAUCAACACCAGAAUCACACUGAUCCAUCUGCUCACAGUCUGCCCUCACCCCUUGCCUAGGUUUUUCCUACCUAUCCUCUGAGGAGAGCUGGUCCCUUCCUCAGUGGCAUCGUAGCCUGGCCUAAUUGUACCUGUUGGGGACAGGCUCUGAGGAGUUCCUGUCUGUAGCUUAUUUCUGUUGGAAAAGGAGAGCGAACGAAGUCCGAGAGGAUCUCUAAAGAAGAGAACUCAGUAUAGGAGCUUACUUCGGGAAGAAUGGCCAUUUGGAGCCCCUCUGCACCCUCAUGAUGGGAUGCCGUCUAUAUAACUUGUCCGUCCCUCCCUCCCUUCUUUUCUUCUUCAUUCAAAAGGCACAACUGCUUACUAGAAUCCAUGUGCCUGUGCGAUGCUGGGACCCAGGCAGCAGCCCUUCUGUAAACAGGGCUGGAAAAGGCUCCCGCCCCUCCCUGGGUCUGUCUUUUCACCUGACAUGUGUGCCCAACAUACCCGCUUACCUCUGCUCUUAUUGGGCAACAUCAUGAAAUGUCUGGCAUGUACGGUGUACACACAAGUCCCCUUCCCACAUCACAGGUAAGGACCCUGAGGUUCUGGAUAGAAAGAGAUUUUCUCUAGGACACCCAGUGAAAUAAACUAGAAUCAAACCAGAUCUGGAAAUUCCUGUGCUCUUAACCUGGGAUUUGUCAACAAGACUGCUGGCCUUUGUUAAAGGAAGAGUUCUAGAAUGAGGAGGAGGACAAAGAAAGAAGAAGAGAAUGAGGAUGAGGAGGAGUGUGGAGGAGAAAGAAGAGCUACAUAAAUCCAGUGUGUUAGUGCAUGACUAUAAUCCUAGCAUUAGGGAGGUGGAGGCAGGAGGAUCAGAAGUACAAGGUCGUUCUCAGCUACAUAGAGUUCAAGGUCAGCAUGGGAUAGUUCAGACCUUGUUUUUAAAAAGAAUGAGGAGAAAGGCUGGAAACGGGAAAUGGUUUCCCUAGCUUUUUCCCUUCUAGUCACUCACACAGACCUGGGAUAAGGAAGUAAUCAUGCACAACCCUCACAUUUGAAGUGCUCCAAGCAGAAAGGGAGAAGGUGGGGUGUUCAAUGGAUCCAGGGAGCAGCUGAUCUCCCAAAAGUAAGGUUGAAGUCUCUCCUCUGAGCCCUGUGCUUCAACCAGCACUG